AUGCAGAAGCAGGCUCGGGCGGCGAAGGGCGGCGGCGGAGCGGUGGCGGCGGCGGCGUCGGCGGAGGCUGAGGAAGAGCUGAAGAAGGUGAAGGAGCUGCUGGUGGAGGCGCAGAGUGAGAAGGCCAGAACAAUGGAAGAGUUGAAGGAGGCGAAGCGGUCGGCUGCCGAGGCGAGCGGGAAGCUGGAGGAGGCCAUCGUCGCUCAGAAGCGAGCUCAGGAGAGCUCUGAGAUUGAGAAGUUCAGGGCCGACGAGCUGGAGCAGGCGGCUAUUGAAGCGGCCCAGAAGAGGGAGGACGAGUGGCAGAGGGAGCUGGAGGGCGCCCACAACCAGCACGCUAUCGACGUCUCCGCCCUGCUCACCAUCACGCAGGAACUUCAGAGGGUGAAGCAGGAGCUGGCCAUGACCACCGAGGCGAAGAACGCCGCCCUCAGCCACGCCGACGACGCCAUGAAGAUUGCAGAGAUCAACGCGGAGAAGGUGGGGAUCUUGUCCUCGGAGGUGGGGCAUCUCAAGGGCCUGCUUGAAUCCAAGGCCGAGGAGAAGGCCGGCGAAACCGCAGAGCUGGUCCGGAGGUUGAAUUCAGAGGUGGAGUCACUGAAAUCUGAGCUCGCCGGAGCUCGGUCGGCCGGGGAGCAGGCGGCGGAGAUGGCGGCGCAGGUGGAAGCUCUGAAGAUAGAGGUGGCCGAUGCCAAGAGGGCCGAGUCCGAUGCGGGCACCAUGAUGGACGAGUGGAAGAGGAAAGCCGAGCUGCUGGAGGCGCGGGUCGAGGAAGCUAUCCAGUCCGAGAGAGCCGCCAUGGAGUCUGUGGGCUCGGCCAUGAAGAAACUGGAAGAAUCCAACGUUUCCCUGCAGGACGCCGAGUCGGAGAUUAGUUCUCUGAAAGGAAAGGUGGAGGCAUUGGAGUCGGAGAUCGCGAGGAAGAAGGAGGAGCUGGAUGAGUCCCGCCAUCGUCUCGAGAUGAGCCAGCAGGAGGUUCAGGAAAUGGAGCGCUCAAUCGAGUUGUUGAGGUCGGAGAUCCGAAGCUCGGAGGAAGAGAAGAGGGAGGCCGCGGAGGAGGCGAAGCGGGCGGCGGCGGCCAUGGAAAGCCUGGCGGAGGACAGGAGCGCGAUUGUGGAGGAGCUGGAGGCGUCCCGAGACGAAGGUGAGAAGAACAAGAGAGCCAUGGAGGGGCUGGCUUCGGCCCUGCACGAGGUCUCCACCGAGGCCAGGGAGUCGCAGGAGAGGAUACUGAUAAAGCAGGCGGAGGUUGAAGAAGCCCACGCGGAGGUCGAGAGGUUGAAGAUGGCCCUGAAAACCAAGGACGAGAGCUAUGAGAUCCUGCUGAAUGAGGCCAAAGAGGAGAUCAGUACCCUGAGGAGCGCCCUGGAGAAGUCCGAGCAGGAGGUCGAAGGGCUGAGAUCGGCAUUGGAGGAGAAGGAGCUCGAUCCACCGGCCGGAAGAUCGGAGGAGGAGUUCCGCGUCCUGAAAGAAGAAAUGAGUGAGCUGAUCGUGAAACUGCAAGGAGCGGAGGCCUCGGCGAAGGCUGCGAAGGAAGAAGGAGACGAGCUGCUGAAUCGGCUGAGGAAGGCGGAGGCGGAUGCUGGGUCGGCCAACGAGUCCGUCGAGGCGGCCAAAGCCGAGAACCUGCAAUUGAAGGAUCGGCUGCUGGACAAGGAAAACGAGUUGCAGAGCAUCAGCCAGGAGAACGACGACCUACGGGCCCGGGAAGCGGUGGCCCUCGGCAAAAUCCAGGGGCUGUCAGCGCUGCUGGCCGAGGCCACGAGCAAGAAGGCCGGUAGAGAUAACGAGGAGUACGAUAUUUUGCCGAAGGCGGCGGAGAUCCCGGAAGACGGCGCCGCUGGACGUGCGGCGGAGAAGGCCGAAUUGGAAGAAUCGCCGGGGCAACAGAGGGAGGCGAACGGAAGCCACAAGCCGUCGCCGUCGCCGCCGCCGCCGCCUAGAGGCAAUGAGCUCGUUGAUGAAGAAGCUAACACGUGGGACAACUGCCACGUGGACAAGGAUUCAUCCCCUCAGGAGGAGCCCGAGUCGGAGGUGUUAGAUGAUGGUGCUCAGCCGAGGGUUGACCAUGUGAACGGGGGGUCCUCUGUUGAUGCGGAAAAUGGCGUUGGAUCGUCGCCCACCAAGCAACAGCAGGACCCGAAGAAGAAGAAGCCGUUGCUGCGCAAGUUCGGGAACCUGCUGAAGAAGAAGAGCAACCCAAAAUAG